AAGUCCAAUCCAAAUCCAAGAAAAGAGAUUUAAGAAACAGAGACUUGUGUCUUGACGAUGUUGAUGGGAGGUGCGAUGGGGACAUUUGGUUCGAGCAUGGCAAGUUUGUUCUUCCUCUGGGCAACUUUUCAGCAGAUGUUCCCUGAUCACCUCAAGAUCGCAAUCAAAGAGUUCUUUUUGUCUACACUCCAACAAGUCUCUUUUGUCCAAAGAUUCUCCGACCACAUCAUCAACUUCUUCUCUCCUUACGUUGUCAUCAGCUUCCCAGAGUACGAAGAGUACCGUUUCAACCACGCUUUCGCCGCCAUCGACACUUACCUUGGCGCCAAAGCAAUCGACAAAGCCCAUAAGCUCAAGGCGAGUCAGGUCAAAGAGAGCAAAGGUCUAGUUUUAAAACGCGACGAGGCUAAAGUCAGAGAUGUAUACCAAGGAGUACACGUCUGGUGGGAGCUUGUGACGACUGGUACUGAUCACGAUGGAGACAGAACACAUAAGCUCACUUUCCAUAGACGUGGGUUGGAGAUAGUAACCGGAUCUUACAUUAAGUAUGUGGUGGAAGAAGGGAUAUCAAUCGAGGCCAAGACCAAGCAGACGAAGCUGUACACGAACAACCCUAGUUUCGGCUGGGAUACUAGCGGCUUGUGGAGACGCAUUGAUUUUGAGCACCCGGCGAGUUUCCAGACAUUAGCUAUGGAUCCUUGGAAGAAAGAAGAAGUUCUGAGCGAUCUCGAGGCCUUCAGAAAUGGGAAAGACUAUUACAAGAAGAUUGGGAAAGCUUGGAAGAGGGGUUACCUAUUGUACGGACCACCAGGGACCGGUAAAACCACGAUGAUCGCAGCUAUAGCAAACCAUUUGAACUAUAACAUUUAUGAUCUCGAACUCACGGCUAUUAAAAGCAACUCAGAGUUGAGGAAGCUCCUCACCGCGACAUCAAGCAAGUCGAUUAUCGUGAUCGAAGACAUUGACUGCUCUUUAGACCUAACAACGGGAGAAAGAAAGAGAGAUGGUGAUGACUUGAGCAGCAAGAAAGAUAGUGAAAAGAAGGAACAAAGCGAGAGCAGAGUCACGCUCUCGGGGCUUUUGAAUUUUAUAGAUGGUAUAUGGUCGGUUUGUGGUCAAGAGAGGAUUAUCAUAUUCACGACGAAUCAUAUGGAGAAACUAGACCCGGCUUUGAUCAGGAGAGGAAGAAUGGAUAUGCAUAUUGAGUUGUCUUAUUGUAGCUUCGAGGCGUUCAAGGUUCUUGCAAAGAACUACUUGGAUGUUGAUUCUCAUCCUCUGUUUGGUGAGAUUGAGUCUUUGCUUAAGGAUACAAAGAUCGCUUCAGCUGAUGUCGCGGAGAAACUGAUGGCCAAGAAUCAAAUAAUAGAUGUUGACGGGUGCCUUGAAGACUUGGUUCAGAGUUUGGAGAGGAAGAUGAAGGAACAGAGAGGUCAAGAUGAAGAUUAGCUGGUCACAAGAAGAAAUCUGGAUUGUUUCAGGACAACCUCCAACUUAUCUAUCUUAUACUCCAUCCGUAUCAGUUUAUCAGUUUAAUUGUUGUUUAAAAAUUUUGAUUUUGUUCCAAAAUAAGUGAUGUUUUCACAAUACUAUGUGAAAUUUAAUGUUAUUUGAAAAUUUUGACCAAUUAUGAAAUACUGCAUCUUUUU